AAAGGAGGCACGGCCUUGCUCAGUGCAGGAUGGAAAGGUCACUCAGAGGUGGUGAAACUACUGCUAGGAGCUGGGGCCAGAGACAUUCCUACUAAGUUUGGAAACACUGCUCUGAGCAAGGCCAGAGCCAACAACCACAAUGAUGUGUUACAGUAUCUACUGCAACACAAGCCAAACUGAAAAGUAGACACUCUAGCACUGUUACAAGCACAUAUAGUUUUUACACUGCAUAUCUUUUACAUAAGAAAAUACUUUAGGCUGUUUAAAAUAAGAUGUAUAUAGAUGCAACAUUUCACAAUCCUUCUUCUGCAAAAUUCCCUCAAUUAUUUCAAUGUUAUUAUCUCUUA